GUGUUGUCGGAAGGGUGGAGGUGUCGGGCGCCAGUCGCUGUGCGAACGCUGAGCUUGGGAUUUCUGUCGUCCGGGCGAUUUCUUUUUUCACGGUCCCUCCUCCUCUUCGUCUUCUCGUUAUCGUUUCUGCCGCUCUCCGUCUUUCUCUCGCGUUCCGCCGAUCACGAUCGUGAGGUCCUCCCAUGCACGUGACCCUGUUCUUUUUUUUCUUUGUGACCUCGGAAAACGGUACACCCGGACGUACAAGGGGGUGAUUGUUUUCGCGUGUGCUCCAGAGAAAAACUUGGAGUGAAUCAAAAGCCGGCAGUGCGUGGAAGGAUGUAGAUCUUGUGCCUCCUGUCUGGUGCGAGGAAUCCUGAGGGAUACUGGAAGAUGCUACGUCCUCUUUGAGGAUAUCCGCGGUCAUGGCGAACGGCGUCUCGUGACGAUCGGUGGGCCAACGAGGAGAUAAGGACCAGGCCGUCCUUGAAGAGAUCCGCCUCUCGGUAUUUUGCGAGCUGAUGACCUCGCAGGCAGUCGUGCACUCACCUCCGCAUCGACUCGAUCGAAGCACCGCAGUCUCCCUUCAGCAACGCUGAAGGGUCAACGCGCGUCGUGGUGGUGGGUCAGCGAAAAAUGCGAUAGAAACGGAGGGAUACGACCACGAGGAGAGGACGAGGCAGAAAACGGGUGGGUUUGUCGCCCGAUGAGAGAGCACCAUGUGCUCUAUCGUUCUAGUCUGGCGGCGGAGGGCUGUCCUCCUUGGCACGAUGUUGCUGCUAUUGUCCUGGGGAACAGACGCGGCGGAGGGCUGUCCGAGCAUGUGCGCGUGCAAGUGGAAGGGCGGGAAGGAAACGGUCGAGUGCGCGAAUCGCGGUCUCAAGGGAUUACCACAGGGCGCCCGAGAGGAGACGCAGGUGCUCGACCUGUCAGGCAAUCAUCUGGUCAGUCUACCGCCGGAAUGUUUCCGCGUUCUUGGUUUGAUCAACCUUCAGCGACUUUAUCUGGGAAAAUCUCACAUCAUUCGCAUUGACUCCGAAGCGUUCGUUGGACUGGUCGGCCUAGUGGAUCUCGAUUUGUCUGAGAACCAAAUCAGUGAGGUGCCUACGGACACGUUCGCGUCCUAUCCGAAUUUGAUGAGGCUUUUGUUGAACGGGAAUCCGAUCACGGAGAUUCGCCAAGGCGCAUUUCUCCGUCUGAUGCAUCUGACUAAUUUGGAAAUCAGCAACUGUGAGAUAGAGAUUAUCGAGCAGAAUGCUUUCGAGGGCCUUCAGUCGUUGGAGUGGCUCCGGCUGGACGGCAAUCGACUUACUUACGUGCCAGAUCACACUCUGCCAUUGGGUGGAAAUCUCAGGGGAUUGACUCUUCAUAAUAAUUUGUGGCAGUGCGACUGUAAAUUGAGAAUAAUGCAGGCUUGGCUGAAGGAAUCGGCUCCGGCAGCGCCGCAGGCGUCCGAACCCGUCUGCGAAUCUCCUUCGAGACUGCAUGGCAAACAAAUCAAGAGUCUCAAGGUCAACGAAUUAGCCUGCCUCCCGCGUAUCGAUCUUCAGGAUCAUUUGGAAAUCUAUGAGGGCGAAAAUAUUACUUUAAAAUGCGAUGUUCACGCGGUUCCGACUGCCAAAGUUACUUGGUGGUUUAACGGAGAACCAUGCGAGUUGCAGCAUGAAAACAGUUCUAUAGUCGGCAGUAUUUCUACGUUUCCAAGAUGUAUCUAUCGACAACGAGGCGGGACCAACAUGAGCAGCACGCUGUUCCUUUACGCAAUUGAGUCAUUCGACGAGGGCACUUACAGCUGUAUCGCAGAAAACAGUGCAGGUUCAGCGGUGGCAAAUCUCUCUCUUCGCGUGCUCUUCCGCGAGAAACCCACCGUAGAGCCACCCUCCGACAAUCCCGGUUCUGGUUACGUGGCCGCGAUUGUCGCGGGAGCGCUGGUAGGCACUCUUCUGGCACUAGGCUGUUUGGUAGGUAGUGUGAUAUACUGCGCGAGAAAGCGGCGUCGUGAUCGAAAGCGCAACUCGAAGGCGUUGGUGACGCAGAGCAAGUCGGUGCUGCCAAUCACGAAAGACAACUCUAGUACCUCUUGCCGAAAAGGUAACGGUAGCUUGAUCGGCGGUCUCGAACAUCAACAAAUGGUCUCGUAUACCGAACGUGAAAUUAAUCGUGCGGCCACUUUGGAACGUCAUGAACACACCAGGAACAAUCUUCUGGAUCGAGAUGCAUAUCCAGUGGCGAGUCCAGUUGCCAAGUACCUAACCGAACCUGAUCUGAUUAACGAAGUGCCCGAAAACACCGAGGUGGGUUACGGUCAGUUAUACGGUCGGCAUCAUCAGCGUGCCAGCGCCGUUGAUCGGCAGGUACUAGAGUACGACUCAGGUUAUCCGUUGCAGCCUGAUCUACGACCGCAGCCAGUUAUACCCCAAUUGAGCUAUCUGGAUCAGGAUGGCUACCCGCUCAAUUUUGGCCUGCCCAAGAUUACCUUCACCGCCAGUACUCUGCCUAGACUCCGGACACGUAUGACGGAGCCAGGCUCUGCAGCCGCUCCACCGGCCAGAUAUUCGCGCGAGGCCGAAUUCCUCGCAAGAUCCCCGGGAUAUGAUCCCAUUUUACCGCGAACCGACGCCAGGUACACCGCCGAGGGUUAUCCCUAUCCGGUGCAUCAGCAUCAACAUCAGCAUCAACAUCAACAUCAGCAUCAGCAACAGCAACAGCAGCAGUCGCAACCGCAAACGAUACAGCCACCGCCAUCGAUUCAACCGGUCGAGCAACCGAUUCAGCAGCAGCUGCCCAUUCAGUCGCCAGUCUCGCCGGUCGCCGUUUUCCCAGAUGUACCCUUUAUACCAUCACCCCCCGCGGCUUAUAGAGGUGAAACCACUCCGUUGUCGCCGCGGUCUCUCCUCAGCAAAACCGCUCGAGAGGCGGCAGCCGCAGCCGCUGCGAGAGCGGAAGAACUCCAACCACCGAAUCAUCCCGAAAGUCCCGACGAAGGCUACGUGGGAGACGCAAUGGAUGUUUGAGGACUACGAAUUGAAUCCGCGAUUAUCAGAUCUUAGAAACGCGGAAGAUCCUGGAUCCAGUGUGAAGAAAAUUAUUGUAUUAUUUGUUUUCCUCGAGUUUACUCUUAGUGUAUUUAUCACUGGAAUUGUUUUGGGGGAAAAAAAAAUCGAUUUUUUUGCGAAAAAUGUCAUGACAAUUUUUUUUACUUUAAAGAAAUUUUUUAACUGGAAGAGGUAAGUUUAAUGAUAUUGCACAAACUUUUUUUCAGUGUUACCACUUAAAAUGUAGUUAGUUUUUAUUGCUUGAUUUUUAUCAAAAGCAAUUUUAUUUCAGGACAAUCAUUUUUUUAAGUUUUAAGAGUUUACACAUGCAUAUCUUUGAAUAUCCUUACUUUAUUUUAAUCGUUCCGAAUUUAAAGAAAUUUAUUUGAGGAUAGAAAAAUAAUCGUUUUUAUAUGUGUCUCCGAUAAAAUCACAAAUCAAGAGGAAAAGCCUGUCCUCGUUCUUUUUGCUCAACAUAUUGAUUCAACAGACAGAAAAACGACAUUUAUAUUUGCAUAAGAUUGGUGAAUAGUUUUUUAUAACCUCCUUCCAUGCGUGUCAAGCAUAAAGACGAACAACGAGAUAUCAGCAUCAAGGAGGAAAUCUGUCCUCGUCAUGCCAGAUUAAUUCGCGGAGAAUAACAGGGUCCAGGAUGUGAUUGGCGGAACAGGGCCACCCGAGACGGCACGAACAAAGGACUCGCCCUGACGGUGGAGACGUAAUAGAUUAAUCACAAGACAUGUCGCUAUGGUGUGCAGUCCUCGUCAGAGUCAGGAAAGAUGGUGGAGAUGUUCGCUGGAACGCGGUGAUUCUUGCAUUCGUGUAUUCGAAGGAAAUCGACUCCGAAAAAUUUACGCGGAUCGCGUUUAAAUGCAGAGAGUGCUUUUUCGGACACCAAGAUGGCGACCGGAUUUAUUUAAACGGCGUGUCGCGCUUGUGAAAUACGACGACGUCUUUUGGACACGAUCCAAGGAGAAACGUUCGGUCGCGUUGAAAAGGAACCAAGAUGGCGUGACUGAUCCUUAAAGUGAUAGAUAAAUGUUUGGCGGACUCGAUCGAGUGAAACGCGCCUCAUGGACCCCGAAGGCGCGCUUUCAGCAUCGCGAACGAGAACGUGACUGGUGCUCAAAGCGGCUCUACUGGCGGGAUUCGCUACGGAAAUGUGAAAUUAAUUAAAUUUAAUUGUUCAUGUUGAUCCUGCGACCGACAAAGUCCACGAUAAACCGAUUGCGGGACGAGCGAUGUGCAUGUAAAAUAUUAAUAAGAGGAGUCUGCCCUUUUUAAUUAUAAAUAUUAUGAAUAUUUAAAACAUUUAAUAUUAUUUGCUGCGUCUUCUGUGAGACACAAUUUUAAAAAAUUGUUUUGCAGAAUUAUUAAUACAUCAAAGAGAUAUAAAAUCAUUCCUGCUCCUUUUAAAUGUGUUGAUAUGAUUGAUAUAAUCUGGUCGCUUCGAUUGUUCUUAAUGGCUCUUGGAUUAUUCCGAUAUUUAAAAUCGACAACAGCGUUAUAGCCCACACGUAAUAUGGGAUACUCAUUACUUGAAAAUCUGCUCAAGCCAUUUUUGUACUCCUUCCGACAGCACUUUAUUUCAGAUUUAUGACAUAAAUAUUAUUUAUUUCUAUGGAGGAUUCUCUCCAGCCUGGCGUUUCAAGGCGGAGGCGCAACUGUAGCGAUUCUGCUGUAGUGAUAAUAAUGUUAACUUGGUGUUUAAGACUGGCGAAUUGUGAGAUUAGGAGUGUCGCGAUGACGCUCGACCUGAUGUACAGAAACCGUUGAACGUACGAGGAUGUUCUGAAAACGGUGUAUACCAGAAUCUGAUCGAAACGAGAAAUUCCAAAA